CUCGUUUCCUGGGGAGGCGCAUUUUGAUGACGCAGUUAACCAAUGUUUACCAUCCCAUCCUGGGGAUGCAAGGUUAGAUUGAUAGUUUCGGAUUAACCCGUUAAAUAAAACGCACCGUAUUUGGCCACACAAGCAACAGGUUAUGAUGAUAUAACCAUCGGAGAUAUGAGGAACUACUCAUCCGCUUCGCUGGUUCGUGUCCGCAGUACGGGCUCGGUUCCACUCGGCAGCCCUUCGUUAUGUUGGGGUCCAUCAAACAUCCUGGGGCUCCUGGAUUGUGCUGCUGAGCAGCUUAUGGUGCUUAGGGAGUUUCAGUCCUCACUUGACACCUGUGAGAGGGGCUUGGAAAGCCUUGGGGGCCUCGGCGAGCUGGAGGACGGCGGCAUGAAAUACGCGGAGUUGAAGUCGGCUUUCUGCAUUGUGGGGAUUCAGGCACUGGCAGAACUCAACAAGUGGCAAGGCGUCCUUUGCUGGGUGCUGCAGUACUAUGGGAAACCUGAAAAACUGCCAGCGAAAAUCCUGCAGAUGUGUAUUCUUUUGUACAGGAAGGUUGGAGAGCCUGCCACUAUGCAGGAGGCAACCAGUCACUGGUUGAAUUACCCAGCUAACAGCAGUGUGCCCGGGUUCGGGCCUGUGGCAGAGCUGUACCUGUUACACAUAUUACUGCCUUGUGGUCGGCUGGCAGAGGCCAAGGAGCUGGUUUUGGGCCCCGUAGGUAACUUGGCAUUUGGUGAGGACCAGAGGAAAGCUGCCCUGGAGAUGGUGGAGAACCAGAGACGAUAUACCCCGCCUCCCACCCCCAGCUCCACCCUGAGCUCUACGCUGGCACCGAGUAUCGGGACCAUUCCACAAAGAGGGUCCGUCUCACCCAGGUUGGGGGCUGUGUUGCGGCUGCUGCACCAAGGGCUGAUUGUGGCUCGGGCACAUCUGCAGUCCUUGCCCAUACAGAGAGCACUGCUGGCAGCCUUCCUACUGUACCUGCUCCUUGUCCGAGUAGAUCCAGCAGCACUGUCCACUGCCUUCCCCUGGAUCUCCAAUCUCCUGCGAACACUGAGGCACAUGUGGGCUGCCAUGUUUGGGCCAUACCACCGCUCUCGAUGACCUACUCACGCUGACUUCAAUCAUAUGUGGAGAUGGGGGAGUCAUCCGUACCACAAAUGAACUAUAUAAUUAAGAAUUAUGUUUUAUCAUUUGUUGAAAAUUAUUUACAUUAAAUGUUAUGAAUACCCUUUGAUGGACUGGCAUCGUAUCUGGGGUGACUACCCUGUGGAGGGAGUAACUUAUGACUGUUGAAUAUGAACCUCUGAAUACCAUGUCAUGUCAGUCUUUCCCAAUAAAAUUCCAUUCUAUCCUAA